CUAUUGACGUAAAAAUAAAAACUGGAGUGAAGAAUUGAAGGAUUCUCUAUUCCUCUCACUUUGACUGGAAGAACAAUUUGCAUUGACUGAAGUCUGAACACGUUUUUCAAAAAUCAACGAAUUACUUGUAUGUAGAAAUGAGUAAAAAAAGUAUGCACAACAAGAGACCAAUUUUAUCAAACGAGGGAUUUGGAUUUGAAUGGGAUGUCACUCCUAAUUAUUUCAAUAAAAAUAAUAGUGAAUCGGAGGAUUCUGACAAAGAUGAGGACAAUGAACCGAAUAAGAAAAAAAUGCGAAAGUUAAAUAAGACUCAACAGCGUGAAGAACAAAAACAAGAAGAACUAAGACUUAGAAAAGUUGAAGAAGAAUUAACUCAAAUUGAAACAAAUCCACAAAAUGCUGAUCACUUUGACCGAUUAGUGUUGUCUAAUCCCAACAGCUCGUUUAUUUGGAUUAAAUACAUGGCUUGCCAUUUACAAGCUACAGAAGUAGAAAAAGCAAGGGCAACAGCAAAAAGAGCAUUGUCUAUUAUUGACACUAGAGAAGAGCAAGAAAAGCUAAAUAUUUGGACUGCACUUUUAAAUUUAGAAAAUUUAUAUGGCACAAAGGAAUCAUUUAAACAAACAAUGGAUGAGGCAUUGCGUUCAAAUGAUGAAUAUCAGAUUUAUAUAAAAAUAUUGGAUAUAUUUGCAGAAUCUAAUAAAUUAAAAGAACUAGAAGAAUUAAUUACAAAAAUAAAUAGAAAGUUUCGUGAUUCUCUUGAUGCUUAUCUACAUUGUGCUACUGUGUACUUCAAACUAAAUAAACCUGGCAAAGCAAGAUUUAUUUUACAAAAAGCAUUAUCAAAUCUUCCAACCAAAUCACAUGUCACUAUGAUAAGUCGGUUUGCUUUGGUGGAAAAUAGUGAUGGAUCGCCAGAAGAAGCACAAACACUUUUUGAACAUGUCCUAACAUCCUAUCCUUCACGUAUUGAUGUAUGGAGUUUAUAUGUAGAUAUGUUGAUAAAAUCUAACAGAAUAGAUUUGGCAAGACAUGCUUUAGAAAGAGCAACAAUACAAAAAUUAGCACCAAAAAAGAUGAAAAGUUUGUUUAAUAAGUGGAUGAUGUUGGAAGGAAAGUAUGGGACUUCUGAAUCUGUAGAUAAGGUUAAGGAAUGCAUGAAUAAUUAUGUUGAUUUAAUUUUAAAAAACAAAAAAUAAUCUUGAAUAGUUAAUAAUAAAAACAAUAAUAUUUUAAGAAUUAA